AUGCACGCAGAAGGUACCCCAGCGUCCUGGGGUGACCUUCCACGGGAGCUUCGCGACAUGGUCUACCCCCACUUGUGGGAGGGCAUAGCGCCCGUACGUCCAGCAACCGGCUAUUCUCGCCGCGAUGCUUUCGAAGUCCACUACGGUCAAUUCAAGCAUUACGACGGUCGUAUGUCUGGCCUGCCAAGGUGGCUACUCACAAGCAAGCAAAUUCUUCGAGAAGGUCUUGAACAGUUCAACAAGCACGCCACUUGGGUCUGCCACGCCAAUGUCUGCGACAAGGUCGACGAUCAGUACUCUAGCUUGAUCGGCCCAUCUGUCGCGACUAACCUCAUCCUUGCAAUCACUCUGGAUCACAAGAUAGUCUUGACCAACCCUGACCCAAUGGCUCGCAAGCUCAAACAACCGUAUCAGCUCCUCGCGUCACUCGUUCCCAAGCUCCGUCGAGAAAUGCGUUUUCUGACUCUCGACGUCAGUCUGGAUGAUCAGCCCACCAUUGGUUUCUUGAAGAAUCCUCCGUGGCAUAUUGACCUUUCGCUCUUUGACCGGCUCGACCUGCAGCUCGACUCCAUCACCGACGGGUCCCGUCAGUCCAAAGCAUUUCUUGUCGCGUCUCCUGUACGCUCACGCCGCCGAACUGAACCGCGUUGGUCAGAAGCUCGUCGGUCCGGACGGCACCGUCAAGCGUCGAAGAUCUACUGGUAUCGGGAAUGAGAAGUGGUGGAAGUUCAGGUUCGAGUUUGCUGUGGAAUACAGUCGCAUUUGUAUCACUGCCGAGAUGGAACAAGAGGGCUGGAAGGAUAAGGGAAGAAUGAAAGCAAAGGUCCCGCCGAGCAUUGC